AUGGACGACACGGAGUUCGAUAAGCUUAUGGAUCAGGGCAAAAACUUGGGUUUUGAAGGCAAGGAGUUGUAUGAUUUCGUGGACAGAGAACGCAAUAGGCGUAGGGAGGAGCGCGAUGCUGAACGCGCAUAUUUCAGACAACAGGCGGAAUUCGAGAUGGAGCAGGAAAGGGAAAGAUCUCGGCUUCGAAUUCAGGAAGAGAGGGAGCUUUUGAUGGUGCGGCAGCAGCCCACUCCGCAGUCAGGUCAGACCACAGCCUCAGAAACGGCAGGUCGCAUGCAACACCUUAGCCCGCACAAGCUAAUGCCGCGGUUUAACGAGGAACGGGACGACCUUGACGCUUAUCUGCGAAGGUUCGAACAUGUGGCACAAAGCCAAAGGUGGCCGCGCGAAGACUGGGCUACAGCUUUAAGCCUCUGCCUGAGUGGUGAGGCGUUGAAUGUCUUCAGCCGAAUGUCGGCGUCGGAAUGCACGGACUAUGACAAGCUGAAAAAAGCGCUAAUGACCCGUUUCCGCCUUACCGAGGAGGGUUUUCGUGAUAAGUUCCGAAAGGCCACACCAAAUAACAACGAGACCUGCUCGCAGUUUCUCACUCGCCUGCGCAACUUCCUCGAGCGAUGGGUCGAAUUAUCCGGUGCUGGCAAUAGAUACGAUGCGCUCUUCGAGCUAGUUCUAAAAGAACAAUUUCUUAGCACUUGCGCAACCGCUUUGGAGCUCUUUCUGAGGGAAAACACAGACGCUUCAUUGACGGAGAUGGUACGAAGAGCCGAACAAUACACCGAGGCCCAUGGUUGGCGUAACUUCUCGAGGGGUGCAGCUGCGGGGGAACGGCCGAAAACGCCAGCUAUCCGAACUGGCCAGAGCGGAAACUACCAGCCGCCGGCCGGAGCUAAAAGGCAACCGGAGAAACAUUGUUUCUUGUGCGCACGCACGGGACAUAACGCCGAAAGUUGCAGGCUUUCGAACGGUGGCAAGGGCGAUCAAAGAAAACCGUGCCAAAUAUGCGGAAAGCUAGGCCACCCUGCCUGGAAGUGCUGGAAGAAGGGAACACAUAAUGACAGCGUGCCAGCUAAGGAGUCGGCGGCGGCGUGCAUUGAUGAUGGCUUUUUGGAAUUGAGGAACGGCGAGAAGGUACCCGUCGUCAGUGCAGGUAUCACGGAAAAGUACACGGACGUUGCUGAGCGGCUUCCUGUGCUCACCGGCUUGGUAGGAGGCCAAGAAGUUCGCGUCCUCAGGGACACAGGCUGCAACACAGUCGUUGUCAAAACGAGCCUGGUCAACGACGACGAUUUUAUUGGAACAAGCGCACCUGUCUACCUCCUAGACCGCUCUGUGAGGAUGCUGCGCGAAGCGUGGGUAGACGUAGAUACCCCAUAUUAUACAGGUCGACUUAAGGCAAAAUGCCUUGACAACCCAAUCUACGACCUCAUUCUGGGUAACGUAGAAGGCGUACGAACGGCCGACGAUCCAGAUGUACACUGGAGGCUCCCGAAAGCGCAAGAGGCUGUGAGCAAGACGGCCGGAUCCCAAGACGCGAGAGUCGAAGUUCAGGAGCCGCUGACGAGUGACACUACUGAAGAGAGGCCAAAGGGGCAAGAAAUACAUGAGGCCAACCCCGCUGUUACGCGCUCUCAAAGCGGCAGGCAAGCAACUCAGAAGAAGCUGCGAGUGCCUCAAAUUUCCCUGGGAAUUAGCCGGGAAGCACUGGUCGAGGAGCAGAAGAGCGACCCUACAUUACAGACAGGGUUCAAUCGCCUGAAUGUUGAGAAACGCAGCAAGAACGGUGACCGACACGUAUUCUUCACGCAGGAUGGGCUGCUUCAGAGAAGGUUCGUGUCAAAGUCGGGUGAAGAGUUCUCGCAAGUGGUCGUGCCAGAAAAGUUGCGUGUUUCAAUAAUGCAGCUGGCCCACGAUGGCGCCAUGGGAGGACACCAAGGGGCGAAGAAAACGCUCUCAAAGAUUCAUACCGAAUUCUUCUGGCCGGGGAUGCACGCCGACGUUAAGCGCUUCGUUGCGUCCUGUGAUAUCUGUCAACGCACUGCGCCCAAGGGGCACACCAGGAAAGUACCCCUGGUCAAGGUGCCCAUUAUUUCCACCCCUUUUGAAAAGGUAGCGAUUGACAUUGUCGGGCCCCUUUUUCCCAGGUCGACCCAGGGUAACAAAUAUAUACUCACGAUGGUCGACUAUGCCACUCGGUACCCGGAUGCCGUUGCACUCCCGAGCGUGGAAACCGAAAGGGUAGCCGAAGCGCUCGUGGAGAUGUUCUCGCGCGUCGGUGUGCCUCGCGAGGUGCUCAGUGACCGGGGUACCAAUUUCACCUCCGAAGUUAUGAAAGAAGUCAGCCGCCUGCUCUCGCUGAAGCAACUCCACACGACUCCGUACCAUCCUAUGGCGAACGGCCUGGUCGAGCGUUUCAACGGGACGCUCAAACAGAUGGUAAAACGCAUGUGCCAGGAGAAACCGAAGGACUGGGAUCGUUACCUCGCUCCGCUGUUAUUUGCCUACCGCGAGGUCCCACAAGAGAGCCUUGGAUUUUCUCCAUUCGAGCUGUUAUACGGACGGAGCGUUCGGGGGCCGCUGGCGGUUCUAAGGGAGUUGUGGACGGAUACGGCUCUUUCAGAGGAGUUAAAGACCACGUAUGAGUACGUGAUUUCCCUUCGGGAGAAGUUAGAGCACACUUGCCGACUGGCGCACGAAGAGUUGGAACGUGCCGGGGAGCGUUACGGCAAGUAUUACAACUUGAAGAGCCGAAAACGUUCGUUGAAACCUGGGGAGCAAGUACUGAUCUUACUGCCCACGGACAACAACAAGCUCCUAAUGCAGUGGAAGGGGCCCUUCAACGUUGUCAGCAGAAGGGGUGACGUCGACUACGAAGUCGAGAUUGGGGGCUCCAGCAAAAUCUUUCACAUAAAUAUGUUGAAGCGCUACCAGACACGCAGCCACGAGAUUGCUGGAGCUGGGGCCGUUGUCAACUGCGAAGACCCGGAGAGUGGGGACAUCGAGCUCCUACCGCCUCAUCAAGCUCAAUCUUUCCACGACGUGAAGAUAUCUGAUGACCUGUCGGUGCAGCAGAGAACAGAGGCCAUCCAGUUACUCCAAGAGCACCAGCAGAUCUUUUCGGACCUUCCGGGAAAAACAGAGCUGGCUGAAUGCAAGCUAGAACUGACCAGCGAACGCCCCGUACACGUCCGACAAUACCCAAUGCCAUUCGCACUAAGGGGUAUUAUAGAGGAGGAAGUAGCCGACAUGCUGAAGCUGGGCAUCGUGGAAAGAUCCGAGUCGCCUUUCAAUUCCCCGGUGAUCGCUGUGCGAAAGCCAGAUGGAACGCACAGACUGUGCAUUGACUUCCGGAGGCUUAAUGAAGUCUUGGUCGAUGAUGCCGAGCCCAUCCCUCGAUCCGAUGAGCUGCUUGCGACGGUGGGCACGAGGCGGUUUUUCUCAAAGUUGGAUUUUGCCAAGGGCUACUGGCAGGUGCCCCUUACGCCUGAGGCAAGACCCAAAACAGCGUUCGCUACCGAAUCGGGGCACUACCAGUUUCGCUAUAUGCCUUUCGGGAUAAAGACUGCACCGGCCGUUUUCACUAAGCUCAUGAGGCGCGUGCUCUCCAACGUCCCCGACGUGGCGUACUACUACGACGACGUGCUCAUCGCAAGCGCCACGUGGGGGGAGCACUGCCGAACCCUCAGGGAGGUGUUCUUGCGCAUCGGUGAAGCGGGACUGACGGUCAAACCGGCAAAGUGCGAAAUCGGCAUGCAUCAAAUAUCUUUUCUGGGGCAUCAGAUCGGCGCGGGAGAGCUGUCCCCGCUUUCCAAGACCUUGGACAAGAUUCAGAAAGCGCCCCGGCCGGCCACAAAGAGGCAGGUGCGAUCCUUCCUCGGACUGGCGGGAUACUACCGAGAGUUCAUCAGCGAUUAUGCGACACUGACAAGCCCCUUGUCCGACCUCACAAGGAAAGGACUCCCUAACAAUGUGAAUUGGGGUGCGGAUCAGGAGAACGCUUUCGCCCAGCUCAAGAAACGCCUGACGACCGCACCCAUACUGAAGCUUCCAGACUUCGAGCGGCAGUUUGUCCUACGGACCGACGCAUCGGAUAGGGGCAUCGGAGCGGUGCUCCUCCAAGAGCACGAUCAUGUGCUCCACCCCGUGGCCUACGCUAGCCGAAAGUUGCUUCCCCGAGAGGUUGCGUACUCGACUGUCGAAAAGGAGGCUCUUGCUCUCGUCUGGGGAAUAGAAAAGUUUCAAGUUUUCCUGUAUGGAAGACGGUUCCUUGUACAAACUGAUCAUGAGCCUUUGAAAUUCAUUCAGGGGGCGAAAUCGUCUAAUGGGCGAGUCCUCCGCUGGAGCCUUAAACUCCAACAAUACAGUUUCCGCGUACAACACAUAAAGGGCUCUGAGAAUGUAGGGGCAGAUUACAUGAGUCGAGUCGAUGAUGAAGAGGCUUGA